AUGGAGUUUUCUUCAAGCGAGUUCUUAGAAAAAGUCAUUCCAUGUAGCGAGAAACUAGAAAUCUUACUUGAAAAAUACAUAUCGGAAUGUGUUUUUUGGAAUGAGAUGGAUCAAGUUCUUGAGUUAAGUAAACAAAAAAUUAAAAAGUUUUCAGAAGAAUUAUCAAAAAUUGAAAUUUCAAAGACUGAUAUUAUUCAUUCGAUUAUGUUAUUAUUAAUAAAAAGGGAAGGCCUUAAUGAUGAAUACAAAAUUAAUAUGAAAAAAGAUAGGCAAAUUUUAAUUAUCUGUACAAGCACAUUAUUUUUAGUUAAUAGUGGAUAUUUUGAUAUAGUAUUUUGGUUGGACAUAAUUUUAGAUAUUUCUGGUCUUUUCAAGGUUCACGGAUUGGUGGCAUUUACCAGAUGGAUUUGUGGGUGUUUUGAAGAGUUUAAUUGGUCAAUUUCUAACCCAGGUGUUCCCUUUGAUAAAAGAGGAUUGCCUCAGGAAGACUUUGGAAGUGUUACUCAACAAACUCCUGGAGGAGAUCUUUCUCCCUCUGUAGCUGCGCAACGACAGCUUGCUCAAGCAAAAUUUGUGGGCUUGUUAAAAGUAAUAAGUAGAAGACUUAUAGGUUACCAUUGUUUAAUAGAGGCAGGGAUGCUUAGAAGCUUUGUAUUUUCAAUACUACCAUCUAACCAGGCAGGAAUAUGCAGAAAGGUCUUUACCCCCAGAGUCUAUUCCUCUCUUUAUAUUGAUGAACAACUGGAAAGCAUUUUUGAAGCUUCUACUUUAAUAGAUGACUUGGAGGCCUAUUCAGAUAAUGAUACGGAUAAAGAAGAAGGAGAAAUGUCUAAUGAGAAAGAGGAUGCUCAACCUUAUUUAGUUAAAAGCGACUUUAAACAUCUUCUGAAACCUUCUAAAUAUGUUAAGAGUGCAUUUGAAGCUUAUAAAAGAGUGGACAACUUUUUUCAGACAUCAGCUGACUUUUUGAAUUCAAUGAUUGAUAACUCAGAAACUCUUUCUUCUAACAAGAAAAAACAAAUUGAUGAUAUAUGCAAAGAUAUUGAAAUUGUUGUCUCAUACUUUGAAGAUUAUAAAUGCGUGGACGUCCAAGACCCAGUUAUUUACUUCCAAAGAUUGAAUUCAAUUUUAGAAGGAAUUCCUUCAAGCUUAGAAUCAUAUUACUUUAGAACUAAUUUUGCAUACAGAUUUUCAUUUAUAGUAUGUUGCCAACUGAAUCAAGUGAUUGAUGGAUGCAAGCAUGCAUGUGAGCAUAUGUAUAACAAAAUGGUUCCUCUUUUGCAAAGAUGCUUAGGGUCAAUUGACAAAUUAAAAAACAAAAAUUUGCCCUUUGUGACGCUUUUUAUUAAUCAGAUGAUUAAAUAUGAAUUUAUUUGGCAAGUCUGGAAGAAUAACAACUGUGUUGAUGUUUCUAUUCCUCUUGAAAAAUUAAAAUUGUUUGGAAUCACAAAAUUCUCCACUGAAGAAAGAUAUGAUUGUAAGAAGAGGAAAAUUGAGGAAAAUGAAAGUGUUACAAAGUUUAUUGAUGAUGAGACAUUUAAUAAUUAUAUGUAUUUCAUUCAUAAUUAUUCAAACUCUGAUUGUAUCGAAGAUUUGCAUUCUGUAAAAAUAAGAAAUGUAAAUUUUCCAAACUUUACAACUGAAAGAGAAUUAUUAUAUUUAGACCCUAUUGAUCUCGAUUCAUACUCUUCAAAGAGCGUAAACUCUAAAAUUGCUAAUAAAUUCAAUGAUUACAAGGAAAAAAUUCUGAUUGAUUUAGAUCCAAAUAACGAAAUUGACGAAUCUGAAAAAAGUAUCAAAGAUCCUAUUAUUAGAUGGAGAUGUAACAGAUUACACAAGAGAAUACACCUAGACUGUUUAAAUAAACUUUCUGACAUACAGUUAUCAAUCAAUAAUAUUGAAUCUCUAAUUAAAAAUUGUGAAAUAGAAGAAUCAAAAGAAGUCCCUCUAGAGACAAGUAAAUUUGAAUUUUUGAGCAUAUAUCCUUCACCUGUGAAUAACUAA